UUUCUCUAUUUCUCUCUCUCUCGAUUUCAAUUCAAAUUCAACUCUCUCUCUCUCUCUCUCUCUCUCUCUCUCUCUUCAGACCGAUAACAAUGUCCGACGUAGGUUUAACGGUUGUUGACGGGGCUUACCUUAGGGCCGUCGACCUCACGGUUCCGGAAUCUGGGGGCGCCGUCACCGGAGCUCAGGUCCUGGAGCUAGCCGAGUCCAGAGCUUCGUCUUCUAUAUUUGGCCUAGCGUUGCCGGAAAGCCUCAAGUCGGCUGCUCUCAAACGCCUCAACGUCGAUGAUGCUGUCAGUUUCUGCCGUGAGGAGAUCGAUGUAGACCGAGCUUCUUCCAUCCUUAAAAGCUAUGUCAGUGCGAUCGCCGAACAACUCGAAGAGGAUCCUCUUGUAAUAGCAGUCUUGGAUGGGAAAGCACUUAGGGUGUUUUUGGAUGACGAAGAUGAUUUCGCAAUGUUGGCAGAGAAUCUUUUUACCGACUUGGACACAAAAGAUAUAGGAAAGAUCAGUAAAAAAGAGAUACGGAAUGCUCUUGCUCAUAUGGGUGUUGAAUUGGGGAUUCCUCCUUUUUCAGAAUUUCCCUUCCUGAAUGAGAUAUUACAGAAGCAUGGUGCCGUGGGGAAUGAGGAACUGGGGCAAUCACAAUUUGCUGAAGUCCUUCAGCCAAUUAUGCAAGAGCUGGCAGAUACCCUUGCUGAAAAGCCUGUUGUGGUCACCCAGAGUAUCAAGGUCGUUAAUGGUUCUAAGCUAAGAAAGCUUCUGGCCAGUAAGGAGAAAUUGAAUGCUGUCCUAGAGAGAAUUUUGCAGCUGGAAAAGAGUGCGGAGAGGACAGACAUAAUCAGGGAUUUUCUAGAGGAAAAUGCGAAGGAACUUGGGCUGCCAUCACCAAAAGCAGGCGAAUCUGUUGCUUUUCUCUACGAUGCAGUUUUUGCAGAUGUAGGAAACUCAGAAAGUGCUGCUGCUGGAUCAGAAGAGGAAUUUCGGUUAUUCGUGAAGAAAAUACUUGAGAAAUUUGCAGAGCAACUUGAGGCAAACCCAGUUUUCCAAGAUCUUGACAAUUGAUGAGGUUCCUGCUUUUGUAUACUGUACAUUUUCAAUUCAGCGCUUUUUGCCUACGCAUGUAUUGAAGAAAAACAGGGCUAACAGUUUAUGUUGAGAAGGCAGAGUGACCUUUAGACUUUGUAUU